UACAAGCCGGUAAUGCAGAAGGUACAAUCUGAUAGCAGACACGCCCGUCGUGCUGCCACCGAGUGCCGUCGAUGUCCGGACGACCACUGUCGGAGCUACGCAGAUCCGUCACUCGCCACCGCGCCGCCGCCGUGAAUACGGCGGCGCGAGAUCCAAUUUCGAAUUACAGGAUCAAAGAACUCCACGGGCGUUUGAUCAGAUCCCACCAGUGCAGCAAUUCAAAUUCCAUGGCGGAGGUCAUCAAACACUACGCCCUCUCCGAAUCGUCUCUGCAAAAAUCCAUGUUAGCUUUCUCCAAAAUAUGCAAUCCUUCGUUACCAAUCUGGAAUCACAUGAUACGAGGGCUUUCCCAAAGCGACAGACCUGAGGACGCUCUCCACCUGUUCGACGAAAUGCGUCAAAGAGGAUUGCGAGGUAAUAAUCUUACGUUCAUAUUUGUGUGCAAAGCUUGCGCUAAAAUUCCUAACAUUUUGUAUGGAAAGAGAAUUCAUGUUCAUGUCUUGAAGAUGGGAUUCGGAUCGUAUCUCUACGCCUGCAAUGCUUUGAUUCAUAUGUAUGGUUUCUGCGGCGAAUUGGGCUUCGCAAGAAAGGUGUUCGACGAAAUGUCUGAAAGAGAUUUGGUCUCCUGGAACUCUUUGAUCUGCUCGUAUAGUCAAUGCGGAAAUUACGACGACGUUUUGGGUGUUUUCGACGCAAUGAGAGUCGAAAACGUGAAGGCGGAUGCCGUAACUAUGGUGAAAGUUGUUUUAGCUUGCGUACACGUCGGUGAAACGAAGCUCGUAGAGUCGAUGAUGGAAUAUAUCGAGGAUAACGGCGUCGAAAUCGACGUGUUUUUAGGAAACACAUUGAUCGACGUGUAUGGAAAGCGCGGCUCAGUUGGAUCGGCUUGGAACAUAUUUGAAAGAAUGGGUAAAAAGAACGUCGUUUCUUGGAACGCAAUGAUCGCCGCGGCCGCAAAAUCGGGCGACAUUUCUUUGGCGAAGAAGCUCUUCGAUGAGACGGUCGAACGGGACGUCGUUACGUGGACUUGUAUGAUCGCCGGGUACGCACAAUCGAAUCGGUACGAGGACGCCGUUACUCUUUUCGACGAGAUGGUGGCGGCGAAGAUCAAUCCCGAUCGAGUAACUAUAGCCACCGUGCUUUCAGCUUGCGCGCGUUUGGGAAGACUCGACUUAGGCGAUGCGGUGCACGAUUAUUUAACGCGUAGUAAAAUCGAAACGGAUAUCUAUGUCGAGAAUGCUCUUGUCGAUAUGUACUCCAAAUGCGGUUCAGUCGAAAAAGCUUUGGCGGUAUUUCGUGGUAUGAAACGACUGGAUCCCGUUUCUUGGACCGCCAUCAUUUGCGGCGUUGCCGUAAACGGAGACCCGGAUCGAGCUUUGAAUUUAUUCUCGGAGAUGCUGAGAAACGGCGUGAAACCGAUCCACGGAACGUUUGUCGGCGUGCUACUUGCUUGCGCGCAUUCGGGUUUGGUGGAAAAGGGAUUGUCGUUUUUCGACGAUAUGCGGAAGAUAUAUGGAUUGGUGCCGGAGAUGGCGCAUUAUGGUUGCGUGGUCGAUCUUUUAUGUCGGGCGGGUGAUCUUUGUAAGGCGUACGAGGUUGCGAGGAGCAUUCCGGUGUCUUCCGAUGUUGUCGUGUGGAGGAUGUUGCUAAGCGCUUGUAAUCUUUACGGCGAUACCGUUUUGGCGAAAAUCGCUUCGGACAAGAUUCUUGAGGUCGAUCCAUGUAAUGGUGUCGACUAUGUUUUGUCGUCGAACUUGUAUGCCGGCGUAGAGAAAUGGGACGAGGUUGUGAGAAUGAGAGAGCUCGUCGAGAAAGGUAGAGGCAAUGUGUCCAGGCCGUCGGGAUGGAGCUCGAUUCAAAUUAUAGAUUGAUUUAUUUGUUUAGUACGGAAAAUUGAAGUAAAAAUAGUUGUUAGAUGUAAUAUUUUAUAUAUAUUAAAAAAUAAUAAUUUGGGUGUAAUUUUAUGGA